UUACCACGUCUAUAUCACAGAAAUAUACUAUUCCCCGUGGGCUCCGCAACUGAACAAAAAUCUUUAAAGAUGAGGCACACGAAGGUCUCGGUGCUAAUGAAGAUGGCGCCGGAUGGCGAGACUACGACUGAGAAUUUUCUGGAAAACUGCGGAGAGGGGGCGGUGGGGGCGGCCAAUGAGACCUUAAAUGAUAUCCUGGCACAGGUGCUUUACAAGGAUUCCGUCCACUUGAAUGCAUCGAUAAGCUCGGUAGAGCAGUCCGUUCAUGGAAGCUGCUCGCGGGGAAUAGCUGCCGAGGAUCUGGCCAUGGACCCGCGCCUGCGGGCCUGGAACCGUGUGCUGGAGCAGCGCCGCAGACUGCAGCAGCGCAUCCAGCGGGAGACCGGGAAGCGUCCCGAGGACGUUCUGUUCAACCGCCCGACGACCAUCGACGAGGCCAGCAAGCGGAUGAUCCUGCGUGUCCUCGACACGGCUGACCGAUCGCGUCCGCAGGCGCUGGUUCGUGGGGACGCCGUUCUGGACUCGCUGAAGCCGCGCUGCGAUCCCGAGUCUUGCCGUGAGAUUCGUGAACUGUAUGCCGCCAGGCCACAAAUCCAGCCGGUGGAGUUCGUCGGCCUGCCGCAGGUCACCCAAGAGGAGCUGACUGCCGCCACUGCCUUCGGCACCGAAAGCCAGUUCCAGCGCUCUGAGGUCCUUGGCCAGCGCAUCCAGUCCAAGAAGCAGUCCAUCCAAAGCGUGCUCGAGUUCGCCCCAGAUUUGGACAACCUGCAGAUCGUCCAGAUGGUGACGCAGGCCCAUACGAAUCCUAUACGCAAGCUCGGCAUAGACCAUAUGGCUUCCAUCUCCGAUGAUUCCACCCAGGAAGAUGAGGAGGAGUCGGACACAGAUAUUGACCAGAUGCUCCGUGGCUUGGGGGAGGAAAUUCUGGUUCUGGAUGAUGAUGAAGGCAAAGGCAAAGUAGAGGCCAGCGAUAUGGAAGAGCCUCAAAAUGUGGAUGGGGUGAUGGUUAACGGAUGUCUCUACGACUACCGGGAUAUGAAGGGGACGAACAAGAAGGGUAUCCACCUUCUGCUUGAGUGUGAGCCUCACCAGCGGGUGGUCAAGACACUGGUGGAAAUACAGAACCUUAGUCAGAAACUUUUGCACGUCUAUUGGGCGAGCAGGAACCGCUUCCGGACCGACCGCCAGCCCAUGGACGGCGAGCUGGUCUUCGACCGCUGCGAGUUCAUCUUGGAACCAAAGGAACGCCGCCAGAUUCGGGCUCUCUUUCAUCCGCAGCUAGUGGGCCUGAUCACGCAGCGCUGGAGCCUGUGCCUCGUCAAGUCGCCCGUCUGCGGCACCCGGCGCAUAAUGGUGAUCCUCCAGGGCCAGUGUAACAUGCCAGCUCCCUACGUGCGGCGGCUUGAGAUGCACCGGCAGGUGCCGGGGGAGAAGCAGCAAACCCUCCAGGCCCACAGUCUCCUCAAAAUGCAGGCCAGACUGGCACCCAUCAUCGAGAACCCACCGGUGCUGUGUCCCUACGAGAGAUCUCUCGACGAGCGCGAAGUUUUCAACGCCCAGAACCCCUCCUACCGCUGCGAUCGGUACGCCGACCUGGAGUCUCUCAAGGAUCUCUACGCGCUGGCCAAGAAGCCACGCGACCGGCCCUGGGACCUAAGCAUCGAGAGUCUGCGCCGCUCCAUCAGUCGCCAGGAGGCCCGAUUCCUGCGGGAGAAGCUGCACAACCAGCUGCUUGACCUGCUUGAGCCGAUGAAGUGCAACAGGUGCGAGGCCCUCAUCCAGUUGGAGCACAACCCGGAGCGGGACCGAGCCUGCUUCAUCUACGUGCGCGGCAUCAUUUGCAGUUCCAUCGACGAGUGGGAGAAGAUGGCCCACGGUCUGGACGAUCAGUUUUUCAGACUGGAGCUGCUGCGCCAACGGGGUCAUAAGCAGGAGGAGCAAGAAAAGCAGAAUACACCAAGGGCGACCGUGCAGCUCCAGCAUUUCUUGAAUCUAGAGCAGGAUCUGUACACCGUAGACAAUGUCGCGAAGAAAGUGAAGGCCAGCAAGUACUUGAAGGACUCCAUCUACAUGCUCACCUACAACAUGCUCUGUGAUGCCGCCGAGGAUAUCGUGUCCGUGAUCGAGAGCACAAGUCACCGCUGAUCCAAAUGCCGGCGGCGGACAGAAAUUUUCAAUGUUUUUCAGACUUUUCCAAAUGAAGAUAACAGCUGGAACUCUUAUCUCUCAGGUUCAUACAUAUAUUUCUUUACAGUGAGCUGCAAUUAAAAAUAAAUAAGCAAACCAGGUCCGAAUGGGUAUUGCGAUUUGUA